UUUUUUCAAUCGAUGAUCUCAACUCAAGUUUCCUCUGUCAGCUUUAUAAAGAAGCUGAGGAAAGUCACCGAGUAUGACCAAAAUAUUGUCUAAUUUGCGCGUUUUGUCCAAGUUUGUGGUGGGAAAUAGCUAAGGGAAUCAAAGGCCAUUCAAGCCCCAACAAUGCGGUUCAAACAAAGAGGGCAGUGAUUUGUGCUCUUGGUGGUUUUCCGCACCGUUCCUCCUAGCCGGCCAGGCAGGGCUGGGUCCCGUUAUAGCUGAGAAUCGGCGGCUUGCCAAGAUGUCUAUGGAGGAGCAGGAAUAUCCUGAGGCGGUGUUGGUGACAGAAGCCGGGCCGCAGUGGCUCCGAGCAGAAGUCGAGCGUCUCACUCGGGAGCUCCGUGAAACGACCCAUGAAAAGAUCCAGGCGGCGGAAUAUGGACUGGCGGUGCUGGAGGAGAAACAGCAGCUCAAGCAACGAUUUGAUGAGUUGGAGACAGAAUACGAGACGGUCCGACAUGAGCUGGACCAGCUUAAGGAGGCCUUUGGACAAGCUUACUCUACCCACAGGAAGGUGGCAGCUGAUGGGGAGAGCAGAGAGGAGUCCUUGAUGCUGGAAUCAGCUAGUAAGGAGGCUUUAUACCAGCAGAAAGUCCUAGAGUUGCAGAAUGAGCUCCGACAGGCCAAAGCAUCCCUCUCCAGUGCCCAAGCGGAAAAUGAUCGCCUAUCAACAAUUGCUCUUGAGAUGAGAGAGAAUUCUGAGUUGGCAGAGCUGCAGCGCAGUCAGCUACGAGAUGACAUCAGAGAGUAUAAAAUUCGUGAGGCUCGUCUGUUGCAGGACUACAGUGAGCUGGAGGAGGAGAACAUCUCUCUGCAGAAACAAGUGUCUGUGCUCAGACAGAAUCAGGUGGAAUUUGAAGGUCUAAAACAUGAGAUCCGCCGUCUGGAGGAGGACUCCCAGUGUCUACACAGCCAGCUGGAGGAAGCCAUGCGUCUGAGAGAAAUCGCUGAGCGACAACUCACAGAAGCUUUAGAGACCAUUAAGACAGAGCGGGAGCAGAAGGCAUCACUACGCAAAGAGCUCUCCCACUACAUGACCAUCGGUGGCUCUGUGUACAGCAGCUCGUUCAAUAUCUCCACUGAUGACCCCAAACUCUACGAGGAUCCCUCGGCCAUCCCUGAACCUGACAACGAUGAUCUGAUAAGAGGCUUUGAGAACGGCUUAGUCAAGACAGGUGACAGUGAUGAAGACAACAGAACUGUAGUGAACAAGAAAGGAGGGGCCUUCAAGCCAGCUCCAAGCCUGGUGGAUGACCUGCUGAGUGAGCUCAACAUCUCAGAGAUACAGAAACUCAAACAACAGCUUGCGCAGGUCGAGCGGGAAAAAGUGGUCCUGAAAAACUCGUUGCAGGAGACUGAGAAGCAGCUGGAGCAGACUCGUAGCACGUUGUCUGAACAAAAAGAAAAUAUCAACAAGCUGUCUGAAAAUCUAAGCGCAAUGAGGAAACUUCAGGCCAGUAAGGAGCGCCAGUCUGCCCUAGACAGUGAGAAAGACAGGGACAGCCAUGAUGACGGGGAUUAUUACGAGCUUGACAUCAACGGGCCUGAGAUUCUGCAGUGUAAAUACACUGUGGCAGUGUCUGAAGCCGGGGAAUUGAGGCAAGAGCUGAAAGUACUAAAGGGACAGUACGAGGAGUGUCGAACGCGAUAUGAAGACGAGCGAGCACAGUUGGAGAGCGAUGUUCUAGACUUGAGGUCAAAGUUGAUGUCUUUGGAGAAGAUUAGUCAAGCAGAUAAAGCGGAGGUGUGUCGUCUGGAGAAGGAGCUUCGUCUGGUCAGUGAGGCAGCGGGAGAAUCUCUUGGCAGUCUCAACGUGGCCCAAGAUGAACUUAUAGCUUUCAGUGAAGAGCUGGCAAAUCUCUACAACCAUGUGUGCAUGUGCAACAAUGAGACUCCAAACCGUGUCAUGCUUGACUAUUACAAGGAAGGCAAGGCUUUGGUAAGAAGGGGGCAAGAAGGGAAAGAGAACCAGUCUGUACUUCUCACCAGCGGGUUGAUCACUGACUCUGAAACUGGAAAGUCAGAUUCUAGCAACACCACUCUUACCACACCUGCAGCUCCAGAGCACCGCCCAGAACCCAUGAACAUCUAUAACCUUGUAGCUAUCAUCAGGGACCAGAUUCGUCACCUGCAGCAGGCAGUGGACCGCACGACAGAGCUGUCACGUCAGAGACUUGCCAAUCUGGAGCUGAGCACAGUAGCAGAUAAAGACAAAGAAGCUUGCAUGGAAGAGAUUCUCAAACUGAAGUCCCUGCUUAGCACCAAAAGGGAACAAAUUGCCACUCUCAGAGCUGUUCUCAAGGCCAACAAACAGACAGCUGAGGUUGCCCUUGCCAAUCUCAAGAGUAAGUAUGACACUGAGAAAGCCAUGGUGACGGAGACAAUGAUGAAGCUCCGUAAUGAACUCAAGGCUCUGAAAGAGGAUGCAGCCACUUUCUCCUCUCUGCGAGCCAUGUUUGCUACAAGAUGUGAUGAGUAUGUGAUCCAGCUGGACGACAUGCAGAGGCAGCUGGCUGCUGCUGAAGAUGAAAAGAAGACGCUGAAUUCUCUGCUACGUAUGGCCAUUCAGCAGAAACUGGCUUUAACUCAGCGUUUAGAGGAUUUGGAGUUUGACCAUGAGCAGGCGCGCCGCAACAGUGCCACAGCAGUAGGAGGCAAAGCCAAAACAAAGGGCAAGGGAGCUUCCUCCAACCACCAUUAAACCAAUCAAGCCAAGUGUCCUUAAGGAAGUCCGUCAGAGUGUAUGUGACAGUUGACAGUUGCUGUGCUCCGGGCUUCAUCACUUUGAUUAUGAUCCAAAUCAUAUCAUUACAAAGAAAAAAACAUAUCCACUAGUAUUUGCCAAGAGCCUUUUGUUAAAGUGCCAAAACAAGUAUGUAAUAUUCCCUCAAGUUUUAUCAAACAGCGUGACUGUUAAAAAUGACUCGAUGCAUCAGCUACACACUGUAGUAUAUCAGUCUUAUAACAGUAUACAUCACUAUGAUUACUAAACCCGGAGAAGCGAGACGUAUGGAGUGCUGAUUACACAUUACCUGUUACCCUGAUUUAGCACUUUUUGUUUUUACUUAUGUACUCUUAGCUAAUUCCUCUAUUCCACUAAAAUUGUGCUUUUUUUUUUAAGUGUCACUUAUUAUUUGGGCUAGACCUCAGAUUUUAAAGUGUCUAAAUAUAUCUUAAUAUAAUUUAUUUCAUAUGAACAAAAACAGAUAUCUUGUGUUAGCUUUUAAAAAAAAAGAGACGAUUUAACUUGCUGGUUAAAAUCAAAGAGACAAAUAAGCUUCUCUGCCUCUUUUGUCCUUUGGGCCUAGAUUUGGAUUUGCCUCUUACAGUCAAAAUAAACAAGCAAUGGCUUGUCAUAUUUUAAGCUAAUAGCAAGAUGUGUGUUGUUACUCUGACGCUACAGAUGUAGAGCUCCAAGUGUAGGGUGUUGACUAGACUGGAUGCUCUUUGUAGAAUUAGCAAAGCUGUUACGAAUACAAGUGAGCUUGUUAUGACUGAAGAACAGUAUUGUGAUGCAAACUUAUUUAAAAUUUUACAAGUUAACGUCUGAUGUUAAAAGUAUUCAUAAACUUUAUUGAUGAAGUUUUUAAAGAAUUUUUAAUACAAUUUGUAAAAGUUCGAAGGCUUGAAAUAAGUCUGCAGUGCCAUUGUGUGUUUUGUUUUUUAUAAGUGCAAUUUGCAAACAUGACUUAAAAAAAGUAAAUGUUUGAGCUAUAGGAGAACAUUUUACAGAUCAUUGCUCACAUUCAUGUUCCUAAUUGAUUUUUACAUGUUUUUACUAUGACUGCAAUUGUAUUUAUUUGUUUUCGUUCAGACUACGGGAUUCAUUGUCCUCUCUGUUUCAUUAAGGAGUUUGAAUCUAGUUGGCUGGAUAAUAUUUUAGGAAGACUGGUGAAAAGAAUACUAGCAAAAUUCAUGUCUGUUUGCUCCUGUUUCUGCUUCCACUGAUGGCUGGUGAAGAAAUAAAUCUAACUUUCA